CUGGUAACCUAUACCCAAGCCCUGAACACCACACUCUUCAGCUGUGAGCCUGUGAGAGAAACAAAACCCAGUUCAUAUAAUUUCUGAAGAUAAAUGGCGAUUUCUGGUGAAUUGGGGAUCUCUGCAAUAUUGGGUUCUUGCCCUUUUAAGCACCACUCUCUGGGAAGCUCUCUCAAGCCCUCCAAGGUAACAUUGAAGGGUUUUAAUGGAGGAGGUAGUUCACGGGUGAUGAUUCAAACGUCCUUAAAUCUGGAAGGCUACAAGUCUAAGUGCCAGUGUAGACAAACGUUUGGGAUUGCAGAAAACAGUGAACCUUUUCCCGGACCUCUAAGCCAAGAAACAGAGGGCUUUCUCCUCCGUUCUAUAAACAUGAGCUUUUUUGAGCGUUUAAACUUGGCAUGGAAGAUAGUGUUCCCUUCACCAUCGACAAGAAGGAAUUCUAAUGCAAAGAUAGCCAAGCAGCGGUUGCAGAUGAUCCUCUUCUCAGAUCGAUGCGCAGUAACUGAUGACGCGAAGGAGAAGAUUGUGAGCAACAUUGUUGGUGCUCUAUCCGAUUUCGUGGAAAUAGAGUCACAGGAUAAUGUCCAGCUUAGUGUCUCAACAGAUGAAGACCUAGGCACAGUGUAUUCUGUUACAAUCCCUGUUCGGCGUGUGAAGCCUGAAUAUCAUCAAGAUGAGGAUGAUGUUGGGGUCAUAACCAAUGAUGAGUACAAGGAUAUUGGGGAACACAUUGGAUCUUAUUGAUAUGAAGUUUGAUUUCCACAUCCCUAACAACUCUCUCUCUCUGUGUUUUUAGCAUUAUUACAUUUCAUGGUAGAGCAGCUUUUAACUAAUUAGUCUCAUAUGAUUCUAUAUUGCUCAUGCUGUAAUCAAAGAGCAAUUAAGGGAGUUCAUCUCAUCCUCUUUCCAUA